UAGGGGUUCGACCCGUUUACACCUCUCUCUCUCUCUCUCUCUCUCUCUCUCUUCCUCCUGACUCCUGAACCUGUUGCGGUCUCUCGAUUUCCGACCCUCAUUCUCUGUGUGCGCUCAAAGAUCAGAACCAGGCCAUUCCCUUAUCCCAAGGUCAGAACCCAAAGACUCUCCUUCCUCACUUACGAACUGAGAACCAGCGAGCCUCAUCCAUGGCGAACCUCCAAGAACGAGCCAGGGAGAAUCAAGUGAAGAAGAAGGUAGAGGAAGCUUUACGCAGCAAAAUGAAAGAAAAGGCUCUUAAAGAAUGCAACGGUUAUGUAGCAAAGUAUGCUGAAUGUGCUAAAGGAAGGACGAUUUCUGUUGCUUGGCGGUGCCGGCAGCAAGCAAACGAGUUGAAUGAAUGUCUUCAUCAAUACACCAACGACUCUGUACUGGAAGAAAUGAAGCGGAACUACAUUCUCGAAGAGGAGGCCAAGGCUACAAACUGAACAAUUCACGAAUUUGCUAGCGAAUGAAGAAUUCACUAAUCAAUCACAUGGAAAACACGGGUCUCACGUGAAGGAAAAGACUAGAACGAUUAGUUUCAAAAUUGAACAGAACUUUAUAUUCAUGUUACUGGUUUCUGAGAUCAUUUGGCUUCCUUGCUUGCCAUCAAAAGAUUUGAACAUCAUCUUGUUUA